GGUGUCCCACAUUUUCAUCGACGACAACAAAUCGGUCACCUCCUGUUCCCGGACGUGAAGACACGAACAGGCAACCAGCAGCGACAGCAGCACACGUGAGAAAAAAAUAAAAAAAUAAAAAAAAAAAACAGACAGCUAGCUGACACAAGAUGGACAUCACAGAAGUCCCCGUGAAUCAGGACGAUAGAGGUAAGAAAAAGAAGAACAAGAAGACAAAGAAUAAGACCCUGACCGAGGAGGGAAGUGGAGAAAGCAGCGGAGCGGAGAAGAAGGAGGAGAAGAUGGAGAAGAGUGAGGCAGCAGCUGCCUUCCCCCCCACCUUCAGUGUGUCGGAAAUCAAGAACAAACAGCGAAGGCACCUCAUGUUCAUGAAACUCAAGCAGGAGAAAAGAAUGCAAAAGAUGCAGCUAAAGAAAAAGAAGAAAAAAGAAAGAGAAGCUUUAGGUGACAAGGCACCCCCAAAAGAGGUCCCGAAGACGAUAGAAAACCAGAGGGUGUACGACGAGACAACAGUUGACCCACAAGAUGAAGAGGUUGCAUUUGACGAGGGAACGGAUGAAUUCUCUGCCUACUUCAACGGGCUCACAAACCCCAAAGUGCUCAUCACAACAUCGGACAGACCCAGAGGGAGGACGGUGAGGUUUUGUGAGCAGCUGGCCACAGUAGUCCCAAACGCCCACGUGUACUACAGACGAGGUUUGGCCCUGAAGAGGAUCAUUCCCCAGUGCAUUGCCAGGAACUUCACCUACCUCUUGGUCAUCAAUGAGGAUCGCAAAGUGCCCAAUGGUAUGGUUCUCUGUCACCUACCUGACGGGCCGACUGCACACUUCAAGGUCAGCAAUGUUCGACUACGGAAGGAGAUAAAGAGACGGGGUAAAGAUCCCACAGAACACUCUCCAGAGGUGAUCCUCAAUAACUUCACCACACGUCUGGGCCACAGCAUCGGCCGGAUGUUCGCUGCUCUCUUUCCACAGGACCCCCAGUUUGUGGGUCGACAGGUCGCCACCUUCCACAACCAGAGAGACUUCAUCUUUUUCAGAUUCCACAGGUACAUCUUCAAGAAUGAGAAGAAAGUUGGCAUUCAGGAGCUGGGACCACGCUUCACCCUCAAACUCCGCUCUCUACAGAAAGGCACCUUCGAUUCAAAGUUUGGAGAGUAUGAGUGGGUCCUGAAGCGCCAUGAGAUGGAUGCCUGCAGACGGAAGUUCCAGCUUUGAGUACAUAACAACGUUCUUUUGUGGUUGGACAAGGAUGACUUCAAUUAUUAAGAUAUUACAGAUGUUUGUGGACUUACACAAAUGGAUUUUCUUGUGGAUGUCCUAGAUUCUUUGAGGGUGACCAGUGGCAACAGUUAACAUUUGUCCUUUCAGCACAAUUAGAGGUUCAACACUGACAUCUAGACUUUGAGAUCACAUCGCUGUGGAUUCAGACUCUCCCUGAAAAACGACUUUUCUAAAGCUGCAACUGCAAAGCCUUUUGGAGACCAAGUGUUGGACACGAACCUGUAGCUCAUGGCCAAAGUCUGUUAGUUGGCAGACACCAGAGAGGAGACAUGCAGACACUCCACAUGAACCUAAAUAACCUGAAAAUUCUGACCUGCAUGGUCAUGUGGAAAUUGUAUUGGCAGAUGUGCAGUUCCUAUGAAAUUUAUCUAAACUGUACAAAUGUGGCCCAAAUUAAAUCAGAAAUUCAGA